UUGAUUCGGUACCGACGCAACCGCUAUAUCGUCGGAUUCGAAUAUUACUCCAAGAACAGGGCGCGCCGCGCCAGUACCCGAAACACCGUUUGUCUCUCAAGUUCAUCCUUCAUCCGACAAUCGAGGAGUUUCUUCUUCUUAUUCCUUCCUUGAUCAGUGUAUACCCCGUUAAUACCGUACCGCCACGAUGGUAUGUUCGCUUGAUGAUGUUGCCGACGAACUGCCGCCAGAACAAAUUGCAGUACUUCGCAAGGCGUUCGACAGCUUCGAUCGUGAUAAGAGCGGCAGCAUCCCCACUGAUAUGGUAUCCGAUAUUCUUCGACUGAUGGGUCAACCCUUUAAUAAGAAAAUAUUGGAUGAGCUCAUCGAUGAAGUAGACGCAGACAAAUCGGGGAGACUCGAGUUCGAGGAGUUCGUCACACUGGCUGCUAAGUUUAUCGUUGAGGAAGAUGCCGAGGCUCUGGAGAAGGAACUGCGUGAGGCUUUCAGGCUUUAUGACAAGGAAGGCAACGGAUACAUCCCGACGACUUGUUUACGCGAGAUUCUAAGGGAACUUGAUGAUCAACUUACGGAUGAAGAACUUGAUAUCAUGAUUGAAGAAAUUGACUCCGAUGGUUCCGGCACUGUCGACUUCGAUGAAUUCAUGGAGAUGAUGACUGGAGAAUAGGCAUCCGUCCUGAGGAGCGACCACAACGUCCUAACAAAGACAAUCAGUGCAACAGCCACUUCAUUCGUUACAAUAUUCGCCUCAUUGAUCAAACUAUUGGCGACCUCGUUAAUGAAUUUUUCAGAAAUCAAUUACUGUCAUUUACACUCCUAUUCGCUAUGGUAGUUUAUCAUCCACGCCAUCUGACACAUCAAGGGUUUGCUGAUUCAUCACGUCCAGUGAGAAAACGAACCCUGGAUUAGAAUUACUGGGCCAG